AUGAGCAAGGCUUUUCAAAGAGUGCAGCAAUGCCUUGAAAGACAGGCACAGUACGCCGGGCUGAACGCUUUCGUCACCCGAGCCAGUGCCACACAACUACAAGAUGCUGCUAGUACGAUAGACGACAGCAAUAAAUUCAAUGACUCAGCACUUGUCGGAAGAACGAUUGCCGUCAAGGACAACAUCGUCACAAAAGAUUAUCCGACCACGGCAUCUUCGAAGAUACUUGACGAAUACAAAUCUCCAUACAAUGCGACCGUCGUCGACAAACUCAUUUCGGCUGGCGCACUGAUCUGCGGAAAGACCAAUCUGGAUGAGUUUGGAAUGGGAUCACAUACUCGACCGACAUUCACAUCGGCUACGCAAAGUCCGUUCAAGCGUGAGGGACAACCGCUGUCGGCCGGAGGAAGCAGUGGUGGCAGUGCAGUAGCAGUCGCAACAGGUCAGGCAUGGGCUGCAUUGGGUACAGAUACUGGAGGAUCGGUCAGACUGCCCGCAGCAUAUACUGGAACUGUUGGUUUCAAGCCAAGCUACGGCCGUCUGAGUCGAUGGGGCGUUAUUGCAUACGCCAACUCGCUGGAUACCGUCGGUACCUUGACUCAAAACGUCGGAGAUGCCCGUAUUAUCUUCAAGGCGCUCGACCAAUUCGACCACAUGGAUCCUACCAGCUUGUCGAAAACAGUCCGUGAUCGGAUCGCAGGUCAAACGACUGCAUGGACUGAAAACAGAAGACUUCGCAUCGGCAUACCACUAGACUACAAUACUGAGUCGUUGUCACCAGAGGUCCGAACAACCUGGUCUCGACUACUGCAAUCUCUACAGGAUGCUGGACACUCUCUCCAUGCAGUCUCACUUCCCUCGACACAUCAAGCGCUUUCGGCUUACUACGUUCUCGCUCCCGCAGAGGCUUCAUCCAACCUUGCCAAGUAUGAUGGUGUUCGCUAUGGUCAUCGCACAUCUGGACCUGAUGCCAAUCCCAAGGAGAACUUGCCUUUAUUCGCCACUACCAGAGGAGAAGGAUUCGGGCCAGAAGUACAAAGACGCAUACUUCUUGGUGCAUACACGCUGAGCUCAGAGGCCAUGGACAACUACUUCGUGCAGGCACAACGAGUGCGUAGACUGGUGCAAAGCGACUUUGACAAUGUCUUUGCCCUUCAAAAUCCUCUGCUAGACACGCGGACUGAACGAUCAAGUGAUACAGCCAAUGUCGAUGUUCUGAUCGCACCCACGGCUCCGACUUUACCACCGACGCUGGCAGAAGUUGAGAAGCUGAGCCCAGUCGAGAUGUAUAUGAAUGAUGUUUUGACAGUACCUGCAAGUCUGGCAGGACUACCUGCUCUGAGUGUACCCGUCAAGCUGGGAGGAGGUGCAAAGGAAGCUGUGGAUAUUGAUUCUGUCGGCAUACAGGUGAUUGGACAAUUUGGAGAUGAUGAACUGGUCCUCCAAGUGGGACAAGUCAUUGAGAAUCUCCGAGCCGAGACUGCUUGA